AUGACGUUCAAGCAAUUCUUCAAGUGCAAGUUUCUUCAAUGCUUUCAGCGCAACCACAUGCGCGUGAAAAGCCAAGGUUCUCGUCUACCUGACGUUAACCAACAAGACCAUCCGGCCAGUCCCAAGCCGUCAGUGGACGCGCGAGGCCCCAAUGGUGCUCUACAGUCAUCAAGCCGCGAUGGUGACCAGAGUCAUCUUGACAGCGCCGCUCCCGGCAAUGUCAAUGAGCCUCCUGACGGUCUGAAAUCAUCAGUUGAUGACCAGACCGAAGCUGACAGCGCCGCUCCUGUCAACUUCAAUGAGCCUCCUGGCGGUCUGAAACCAUCAGUCCAUGACCAGACCAAAGCUGACAGCGCCGCUCCCGGCAACGUCAACGAGCCUCCUGGCGACGAUCCUUCCUCUGGCCCACAAGGAAAUGGUCUUGCUGAGAAUGAGAGAGAGCUCAAGUGGUGUCUGAUACACUCCAGUCCUGAACAUAUGGAAGUUUUCGGAGAUGACGCCUGCUUCGGUAAGAGUGGGGUGUCUAGCGGUUUGUCCAACCGCUUGUACAACUCCAAGCUCAAGCCCAUAUCCUUCUGGAGGCGGUCCGCUAACGUGCAAGCGCCUCGCUAUCAUGGUCCUGGAUACGUGGUCCACAUCACGGAGCAACCCACUACCGUUCAUGAGCUGCUGUCUCACAUCCACAUUAUGUGUACGUGGUUUCGUGGCUACAAUGCGCACGUUCGGACUCGUGAUCUUGUCAUGCGAGAUUGCUGCCGCUAUAUCGGUCUUGCUCAUGGUGACGAAGUCGCAGACCACUUCAACCAACUUUGUGUCCUCUCCAACACCCUUGAGGAGUACAUGCUGACAUCCGUUGCAGACAUACUGGUCUCGAUACGUGAUGAUGUGGCUCUUGCGGACGGCUUAGACUAUGCCAGCAGGUCUCAAACGAUCGACACGGGUGAGGAUCCUGCAUGGCGCGAUGCAUUCGCGGCCUACACCACGCAGUGCACAAAGUUGCAUGAACUUCUCAGACGGGUCAAGACCAAGCGCUCGUACUUCAUCGAUCGUGGCGUACUUUCUUUCGGGAAGAAGUAUUCCGCAGCUCGGAACGACACUGUCGUGGUCGCCGCUCUGAAAUGGAUUGCCGCCUCGCGCAUUGAGAUUCGUGAUUGCCCCUACCACGACGAGUGUGAUUAUGGGAUCCAUCUCCUUGAGCGGCCAUCGCUCGACAAGGCAGCGGCUGAGAUGCGGAGCUUCAUUGCCAACGCCUCAGCAGCGCUGCCGUCAGCCUCCUCGUAA